CCUCCACAAUCGUGUGCUUCAUUCCAGUGCACAAGCCGAGCGAAGCAGACGGUCCACACUGCAGCCAAAGCUGAUAAAUUCGCUCAGGGAAUAAAUAUAUAUAAACCGCGCGGCUGUUUCUUUACAGGAAUACCACUUGAUCGUGGACGCAUGUGAGUGUGCACAUGCCAGGCUGGGACUGUACACCAUGGCUCUGACACAAGUGCGGCUAUCUCUGCCUCUGCUCCUCUGACCACAGAGAAAGUCUUUGGAUCUCCUCGUGAAGGCUGUUAUUUCUUUUUUCCUCCCCAUUGACUAACAACGACAUAUUGCUGGAAAUCUUCUCUGGAUGGUGACCGCGGACUGGACUACCUGUUUUCAGCUGAUUCGCUCAAUGCGAGGGGAAGGGACUAGAAGUCUUGCGUCCGCUGCCUUUUCUCUGGUUUAAUAAGGCGCGUUGGAGAUCACUGAAAAUCGAGAAAGGCUGCUAUAUUCACACAUUUUACACUAAGGGUGUUAUUUCCUCCGAACACUCACCUUUACGUGUUUUGGUGAAUGGGGAUAACUCUGGUCCUGGAGGCUUGACACAGCUGGGACUGGGACGGGACUGGGUGCGUGGAGCGUCAAAUCACCCAGGAUUGUGUUCCCUUCUCUCUCUCUCUCUCGUGGGUCUAUUUACAUGUCCGACCCGACUGCUUUAUGACAAUGGAUUACUUUCUGCUUUUAUGCAGCCUCUUGCUGCCUGUGGUGUCCACCGUUGAAGAGACGCUGAUGGACACGAAGUGGGCCACGACUGAAUUAGCCUGGACUGCACACCCUGAGACCGGGUGGGAAGAGGUGAGUGGCUACGAUGAUGCCAUGAACCCCAUCCGGACAUACCAAGUCUGCAAUGUACGUGAAGUCAACCAGAAUAACUGGCUACGCAGUGACUUCAUCCCACGAAAGGAUGUGCUGCGUGUAUAUGUGGAGAUGAAAUUCACAGUGCGCGAUUGCAACAGCAUUCCCAACAUCCCAGGUUCCUGCAAAGAGACCUUCAACCUCUUCUACUAUGAGUCUGACUCAGACUCAGCCACAGCCACCAGCCCUUUCUGGAUGGAGAACCCUUAUGUGAAGGUUGACACUAUUGCCCCAGAUGAGAGCUUUUCCAUGCUUGAGUCUGGCCGGGUAAACACAAAAGUCAGAAGUUUUGGACCAUUGUCCAAAGCCGGGUUUUACUUGGCCUUUCAGGACCUUGGUGCUUGCAUGUCGCUCAUCUCAGUGAGGGUCUUUUACAAGAAGUGUUCCACCACCAUCGCCAACUUUGCCGUUUUCCCGGAAACAGCAACUGGGGCUGAGGCAACCUCUUUAGUCAUUGCGCCAGGAACUUGUGUCCCCAACGGCGUGGAGGUGUCUGUGCCAUUGAAGCUUUAUUGCAACGGAGACGGCGAGUGGAUGGUUCCCGUAGGAGCCUGCACCUGCUCGUCUGGCUUUGAACCAGCCAUGAAGGAAACCCAAUGUCAAGCUUGCAGCCCUGGCACCUUCAAGUCCAAACAGGGAGACGGCUUCUGCUUGCCCUGUCCAGCCAACAGCCGUGCCAGCUCAGGAGCAUCCAGCGUUUGCUCCUGUCGAAACGGUUACUACCGCUCAGACACCGAUUCUCCCGACUCCCCCUGUACCACUAUUCCUUCUGCACCACGCAGUGUCAUCUCCAGUGUGAACGAAACCUCGCUCGUGCUGGAAUGGAGCGACCCACGUGACUUGGGUGGCCGUGAAGACAUCUUCUACAACGUCAUCUGUAAGAAGUGUCUGCCUGAGCGAGGAAUGUGCUCACGGUGUGACGACAACGUCGAUAUCUCGCCACGCCACCUGGGCCUGACCCAGCGCCGCGUUGCCGUCCGUAACCUACAAGCCCACACACAGUACAGCUUUGAAAUCCAGGCAGUCAACGGUGUUUCCAACAAGAGCCCCUACACACCUCAGUUCUCUGCAGUGAACAUCACCACAAAUCAGGCUGCUCCGUCUGCAGUGCCCACAGUUCACCUGAUGGCGGCCACAGCGAGCACCAUGAGCCUGUCCUGGCUGCCUCCAGAGAAACCCAACGGAAUCAUUCUGGAUUAUGAGAUUAAGUACCAUGAGAAGGUAAGCAGCAAUGAUCAGGGUGAGGCCAUCGCCCAUACCAUGACUGCCCAACGGAGCAACGCCCGCAUUGAAGGUCUCAAGGCUGGUACACCUUAUGUGAUACAGGUCCGUGCCCGAACAGUGGCCGGUUAUGGUCGUUACAGCAGCCCAGCCGACUUCAGCACCAACCUGCAAACCGACCCUCCAAAGUCAUGGCAGGAGCAGCUGCCACUCAUCGUGGGAUCAGCCACUGCCACCUUGGUCUUCAUCAUUGCAGUUGUGGUCAUCGCUCUCGUCUGCCUCAGAAAGCAGAGAAAUGGUUCAGAGUCGGAAUACACAGAGAAACUGCAGCAGUACAAAUCCCCUAUAGUAACGCCGGGAAUGAAAGUCUACAUUGACCCCUUCACCUAUGAGGACCCCAACGAGGCUGUGCGCGAGUUUGCCAAGGAGAUCGACGUCUCCUGCGUGAAGAUCGAGGAGGUCAUUGGCGCAGGUAACCCACCAAAGCUCCUGAGCUACAGGGGGAAGACUGCUAGUCACCUCCAGGCCAUACCGUUAGAGGACUUCACACCAAGCGGAGAGUUUGGGGAGGUGUGUCGCGGUCGCCUCAAGCUACCUGGGCGCCGGGAGAUCAUCGUAGCCAUCAAAACUCUCAAGGUGGGCUACACUGACCGCCAGAGGCGAGACUUCCUGUCUGAGGCUUCCAUCAUGGGCCAGUUCGACCACCCCAACAUUAUCCGUCUGGAAGGUGUGGUCACCAAGAGUCGGCCAGUGAUGAUUGUGACCGAGUUCAUGGAGAAUGGAGCCCUGGACUCUUUCCUAAGGCUCAAUGACGGGCAGUUCACAGUGAUCCAGCUGGUUGGCAUGCUGCGUGGUAUCGCAGCAGGCAUGAAGUACCUGUCAGACAUGAACUACGUGCACAGAGACCUGGCUGCCCGUAACAUCUUGGUCAACAGUAAUCUGGUGUGUAAGGUGUCUGAUUUCGGCCUAUCUCGUUUCCUCGAGGAUGACCCUUCAGACCCCACCUACACCAGCUCCCUGUAUUUCAUGCUCACCUACUCAUUCGCAUAUCCACAGGGAGGGAAAAUUCCCAUUCGCUGGACAGCUCCCGAGGCGAUUGCCUACAGGAAGUUCACCUCGGCAAGUGAUGUGUGGAGCUACGGCAUCGUCAUGUGGGAAGUGAUGUCGUAUGGCGAGCGGCCGUACUGGGACAUGAGCAAUCAAGAUGUGAUAAAUGCUGUGGAGCAGGAUUAUCGACUGCCCCCACCCAUGGACUGCCCUACAGCACUGCACCAGCUCAUGUUGGACUGCUGGGUCAAAGAGAGGAACCUGCGACCCAAAUUCACCCAGAUUGUGGCCACGCUGGAUAAGCUUAUCCGAAAUGCUGCCAGCCUCAAGGUGGUCACCAACAGCACACAGUCUACUGGGGUAUCCCAGCCCUUGCUUGACCGCUGUGUGCCAGACUAUACCACUUUCACCACUGUGGGGGACUGGCUGGACGCCAUCAAGAUGAGCCGCUACCGUGAUAACUUCGUCAACGCCGGAUUUGCUUCCUUUGACCUGGUGGCCCAGAUGACAGCAGAGGACUUGCUGCGGAUAGGGGUAACAUUGGCCGGCCAUCAGAAGAAGAUUCUCGGUAGCAUUCAGGACAUGAGACUACAGAUGAACCAAACACUUCCUGUCCAGGUGUGAGUGACAGGACACACAGACAGAUGCAGUCGAAGGACAGCCAGACAGGAAAAGGGGGAGGAACUGUGCCAGAGAGAGCUAUUGGAAACCCUCGCUGCCUGACCCAUCUCUGCCAAUUAGACGCUAUGAAACUGGCUUGCAGUGCCUCUGACUAUUUUGUUUUUCUUUAUUACACUACCACUUCCAUUACCUGUUCCUGCUUUUUUGUUAUUCGUCAUAGUUUUUUUUUCCAUCCAAUCAGAAUUUGUGUGUAUUCCAGAGGAAGAAGAGUUAACCCCCUUAUAUCCCAUGCGUGCCUCACCAGCUCUGGUGUGGGUUGACGUUUGCAUGCAUGUGUGUUGUAGUGAGGUUGGCCUUAGCCCUGUAACUGAAAUGUCACACUCUGAUCCUCACGCAAGAGCCCCUCCCCGUGACCUCUCAACCCAGCUUUGAUGGACAAAAUAUAUAGUAAAGAAUGAACACCCUGGUAUAAAUAAGUGAACAAAACAUAAAACUAAACAAAAAAACUGAGGUGUUUCGGAGCCCACAGGAGAUGGAGGACUAUUCUUUCCCUGAUAGAAGUUGUUUUACUGUGCACGUGUGUGUCGGUCUCCAUCUUCAUAUUGAAGGUGUGUUAUCUAAAAGGGCACUUGCUGGAGAAGGGUGAGGUGGUGGAAGAGGAUAUAUGAUGGGCUGAGGUCAAAGGUCAAGAGGAUGACAGAGGUCAGAAAGGUCCAAGUAGGGCAGCCACAUGUUGGACACACUUGUUUUGGCUGCUGAAUCCUCAAUAGGUCACCAGAUGACCUCUUCACCCUGACCUGAAGUGACUCAGGAUAGCUCCACAGCUUGGGAUCACCUGCUCAUCAACUGUGUAUUAUUUUUGUUUGUCCACACACCUUUUUUUUUUUUGUGGCUUUCUUACACAUUUUUUGGGGGAUUUGUGGUUUCAAAAUGGCCGGUCAAACCUAAGUAACCCCCACUGGACGCUAUGUGUGAUUAAGGGGGAGACGAGGACUGUGGCAACACUAUAGAAAGACCAGUUGGCCUUUUGUGUGCAUUUUUGUAUGUGUGCGUGCGCAUGUGUGCGUGUAUGUGUGAUUAAGUGUGCUUGGAUGUGCGGGUGUGUCAAGUUGCACACAAGUAUACUGUACAAUACAGCUUCCGCUAUUUGCCACCGUGGAGAAUUAACGCAUGAACUGAACCGUGACAAGGAGCAAAUAUAUCUGAAACAAUUACGCUAUAUUCUGUGGACAACUGUUAAACAUUUUUUUUAUUGAAUCCAAAAAAAAUGAACUUAGGACAUAUAUAUAUAUAUAUAUAUAUAUAUAUAUAUAUAUAUAUAUAUAUAUAUAUAUGUAUGCAACAUGAUGAAACUGAGAGAAACCAUGAUGGACACCUUACUUUCUACUUACUAUUAUCUGGAUUUAGAAAUAAUCAAAAUUCUUGUUUUAAUUUCUUGACAUCCUGCCCUAUGUAUUUAUUUGUACCUCGCCCUCCAACCCCCGCCCCCCACCAACACCCAGAUGGACUGUAUUUGGGACAGUGGACUUGGAACAAUCAGAAGAAAGAGAAACUCCAAGAGGAUUCACCUAAUGAAUUGCUGAUUAUUAAACAUAAGAAAUUGCAUAUAAAUUGGAUAUUGUAUUUUUGUUGUUGUUCUAAACAGCCUGUACAUGUUUUGUAACAAAAACACGAUAAAUAACAAAAGAAAAGUGGUGUUUUGACAAAAUAGAAGUGUUGUUGUGGAAUGUUUGAUUUAGAGUGAAAUUAACAGAAAACAGAGUAAGAAGAGAGAGAAUGGAGAAAGUCAGGAGGUAGAGAGGAGAAGAUGAACAAGUACUGUCACCCUUCUGCUCUCCGUCCAUUUUUGUGUGAGUGUCUGUGUAGGUGUGUUCAAGUCUGUGUGUGCCACCUGAACUGGAUAUUAAGCAUCCCCAAUCCAUUCUCAGUCCUAACAGGAAGAGCAUCUGUGAAGCACUAAGCUGUUACUAAUUGUCUUCUAGGCACAUUUUUUCCAACUCAAAUCUUCCUGCAAACCACUCAAAUGCUUCCCUUUAACUAGGUUUUAAUUUGACUUAUUUACCAUUGCCUCAAACAAUCCCCCCCAACCCAUCUUAUGUUGGAGGUUAAGGAGUCAUUAGGGGGAAGGUCCAGAGAUGAUGCAGCCUACCUGCCAAUCAUUUAAAUCGCUCCAUCACUCAACCUGCAGUUUGCCUCCCUGCAACAGGAUGCUCAUCAGUGAAUCCAGAGCUGUCAGCUCGGUUGCCAAUCUGGCAUUGCGAGGAUACGAGCAGGCAGUGAGCGCAGACAUACGGUGGACUGACCUAUCAUUAUCUCUCUUCAUUUCCUGUCUGGCCUGCAAUCAUCCUGUCUCAGCUCAGACUGCUGCGUGAUUAGUACAGUGCAGGAUCAACAGCCCUGGCACGCAGACAGCCCCAAAUCUGCAGACCCCCUCAUCCUAAAUGAUAGCAGCUGCAUCACGGAGACCAUACUAUUUGCACUUCUCACAGAGGGGUGUUUGAAGGUAGUGGAUAAAGGGAUGGGGCCGCACCACUGGUGUGAUUUUCCAGACAGUCUUCAUAUUGUUGGGGUUGGAGCUGAUCAAUGCAAUGUGUGAAUAUUAUUAGUUAGGUGUGUAAUGAUAGCGUGAUGUUAGUGGCCAUGCAGUGUGUCUUCCCAUAUUACUUUUGUCAGCUUCUCUUAAGUCCCUUCAAAAGCUAUGAAAGGAUAUUAUGCAAAACAAUGUGUUUCCUCUUUUAUAUUGUUUCAUCUUUUGUCACAAAGACUUUUUCACUAGUACACUCUGUUAAGGGCUUACUAAACUGUUAACAGUUGUAGGGCACAGUCAAGUAGUAAUUUAACUGUUGUGUACUCAAACUAUA